AUGAAGCCCCUGUUUGUUCGAGCGCUAUGCAUCGCAGUCGUUGUAGUGGCUAGCGUCUUUGCUGUCUUCUUUUCGAUUUCAUAUGUCAUUAGCCCUCUCUUGGUAUGGCUCUCUCCCUCGUUGAACCCGACGUUAUACGACUGGGGAGCCUACGGUGCUUGUCCACUGCAGUCCUUUGUAACCACUGGCUUGGUUGUGCCCCGUGUCAGCACAAGGCAAACCCAUCCAGAUUGUGAGUCUGGACUGGUGUUGUUGACGAUCAAUGGGGAUUCUGCUGGGCCAAAAGGACCGGCUAUUUUCGAUGCGCACAACGAACUCGUUUGGAAAUCGCAGGGCUAUUCAAGCGCGACAAACCUACAGGUCCAGUCAUACAGAGGCCAGAACUAUUUGACGUUCUGGGCUGGGAAGAAAGUGGGCACCAAGGGGGUAGGCACAUAUUACAUGCUAGAUUCUUCUUACAACGAAGCACAUCGCGUUACGGCUGUUGGUGACGGGAUGCAAGGCGAUCUCCAUGAAUUUAAAAUAACAAGGGAUAACACUGCUCUGCUGACCAUCUAUGCGACCACGGAGGCCGAUUUAUCGUCCUUGGGCAAGUUUUCACAUGGGUGGCUCCUAGACAGCCUCUUCCAAGAGGUCGACAUCGCAACGGGAGAGCUGUUGUUUGAAUGGAGGGCUUCCGAGCAUUUUAAUGUCACCGAUACCUACAUGACGGAUCCCUUUGGCGGCUAUAUCGAAAGUAAGCCUUUCGACUUCUUCCACAUCAACAGUGUCGACAAGGACUCGCAAGGAAAUUACCUGGUCUCUUCCCGCCACACGCAUACCGUCACUUGCAUCAGUCCCGAAGGGGUUAUCCUCUGGGUUCUGGGCGGCCGCCGUAAUCAGUUCACUGAUUUGUCCGGAGGUGACGCCCUGGAUUUCAAAUGGCAGCAUGAUGCGAGAUGGGUCUCUGAGGAGGAGGGGACCCUCAGUCUGUUCGACAACAAAGAGGCCGGUCCUCUACAUGUCGAUGGUCCCAGUAGUCGUGGCAUGAUGCUUCAACUCGACAUCUCCAACCGUACUGUGGAGCUCUUACACACGUACGAGUCACUUCACCGAACACGGGCCCCUUCGCAAGGGUCAAUGCAGGUGCUUCCUGGCAGUGGUCAUGUCUUUGUUGGGUUUGGCCAUUCUCCGAUAUACAGUGAGUUCUCUGUCAAUGGCAGCCUGCUAUGCGAGCACCACUUUGGAUCACCGAUCUUCCAUCCGUGGAACCGAGCGGUUUCGUACCGGGCGUCGAAGAGGAAUGACUGGGUCGGUCGACCAACAUAUCCUCCUGCAGUGGAGAUCGAGGACGAUACGCUCUAUGUGAGUUGGAACGGAGCGACAGAAGUGUCUUCCUGGUUACUGCAAGGUGCCCAAAGUGCCGAUGAUGAAGACGCAUUCAAGGACCUGGAUAUGCUGGAUAAGGAGACUUUCGAAGAGACUUUCGAGCUGGGAGACUUGUUUGAAUACUCCCACUUUCGAGUGGUAGCUCUGGCCCAGGACGGCCAGGUCCUCGGCCAGUCUGAGAUAGUGGUCUAUGAGCCUGACUGGGACUGGUGGAUGUUUGGAGUGGCCGUUUUAGCUUGGGUGAUGAUAGCAAUGGUUGGAUGGCAUUGCUUUAAAUGGCUUGCUCGGCGAAAGAGCAGCAGGAUAGCCUGGAUCAGCCUCGAGCGACAAUAA